AUGUGGAUGUUAUAUGAACAUCCAGAACUUAAACUUCAAGACAUACCAACUCAAUUUGCUGACAUUAAAGAAAAUGUUUUUAGUGGACCAGAAGUUGGUGAGAAAGCACGUUUAAUUUGUGUCCCAACUACAUCAGGAAAUGGAAGUGAAGUUUCACCAUUCUGUAUAAUAGUUGAUGAAAAAACUAAUAUUACAUAUCCAAUUGCACAUUAUAAUUUAAUUCCAUCUGUUGCUAUUGUUGAUCCAGAAUUUACUUAUACUGUACCUAAACGAACACUUGCUGAUAAUGGAUUUGAUAUGUUAUCUCAUUCUAUUGAAGCUUAUAUCUCUACUUAUGCUAAUGAUUUUGCUAAUGGUAUGUGUCUUGAAGCACUUCAAAUAAUUUUUAAGAACUUAGUUAAUGGUUAUAAUGGAUGUUCUUGUGCUCGUGCUAAUUUACAUAAUGCUUCUACUAUUGCUGGUAUGGCACAUGGUAAUGCAUAUCUUGGACUUGUUCAUGCCUUAGCCUAUAAAAUUGCUAAUCAUUUCCAUAUCCAUCAUGGUAGAGUUGCUGGUAUUUUAUUACCACAUAUUAUUCGAUAUAAUGCAAAAGUUCCAAUAGAAGGACAAUCUCAAUUAAAGAAAUAUGAUGUAAUGGAAAGGUUUGGAAGAAUUUGUGAUAGAACAGGAUUAAAUCCAGGAAAUAAUGCUGCUGAAUCACUUGCUUCUGAAUGUGAAAUGUUACUUAAAGGAACAGAAAGUGCAACUGGAUUUGCACAAUGUGGUAUUGAUGAAAAAGAAUGGAAAGAUGCUAUUCAUGAUAUUGCUGUAACUACAUUAGAAUCACAAUACAGUAAGUAUAAUCCAAAGAAAGCAACUGUUACUGAACUUGAAGAAAUUUUAAUUGCAUCAUAUAAGCCAAUAGUUUAA